ACACCAUGUCAAGUUCAGAUGAAGAUUGGUUUAACCAGGAUGAGGAUGAUUUGGUGCAGGAUCUGGAGAAGAAGGUCAAGUCCCUGGAGCUGAAGAAGAAUGAGGAGCACAUCAAAUGCCGGGCUCCCGAGGGUAAGAACCUUAAAAACAAAGCUACUAUAACUCUGACUAUGUAAAGUUUUCCGUUUUCAGUGGGGGAUUACUUGAAGCAACUUGACCUGGAGAACUUUUCCGGGAAUGUGGGAAAUGACGGCAAGGGCAACGGUCGGUUUUCCCUAACCGACUUAAUUAAGGCCCUGAAAAUGCCGCCCAUUGACAUGUUCCUGUACUUCUUAUCCGAGGAACGUGAUCUCUUCGUGAAUCAACUGCUGGCCAGUGACAGUGUGAAGCGAGUGGGUCUGUUUGUGGACAUCCUGAAGUCGCUGUGUCAACUGGAGUUGGGCGGAUUCGAUGAGGACUUCCUGGCCUCCUUCAGCCGACAGUCUGUGCUGCUGGACAAGAUCAAGAACCUGCUGUUUGCCAAGGCCUCAGUGGGUAAAUGCGAUGAGGAUUCGGCCCUGAUAUUGACCCACAUAAAGUGGUUGCUCCUAAGGGCCCAUAAACAUGGCGUUCUUGGACCUCAGGGCUAUGAAUUGGUCGAGCUCUACAAGAAACUGGCUCCUUCCUUUAAGAGCGACCUGCUUGAAGGUCUGGAAGCUUUCACCGGCCACCUUUCCCACAAUGUCAAGGGGCAAAUUUAUCCAACGCUGGAAAAGUUACUGGGCAAGGAAAAACCAGAAGAUGAGCAACCCACCUCGGACAAAGUAGUCCAAUAUCUGAACACACAGCGGCAUUUACUGAAGGAGGACUUUUUAGCACCUUUACUCGAGUUUGUGGAGCAGCUGCGCAACGGAGGAGAUCUCCAGGAGCAGGAGCAACAGGGUCUUCUGUGGUCAAACACUUAUCUCAAUUUAAAUCCCCAGUUUGCCGAGGCUCAGCGUCACAGCCUGGUUUUCCUGAAAUGCCAAUCUACAGAUGGUUCCACUAAGGACAAUAGGAAUGGACUGGACAACAUCAAAUCAGGAGCAUUGCUUUGUCUCACCACCAGUCUCGCCUUUGAUGAUCUUAUUCUGGCUUCUGUUGGCUACACAGAGCCAGAAAAACUAAAAGAGGGUUGUCUAAGUGUGCAGAUUGUCAGGCAGUACAACAUAGGCAACAUCUACGACCGACCACUGACCAUGUUCCAGACACCCGUGUUCUUUGAACCCUACCUCAGGGUCCACAACUACGUGAGCACCUGCAGCACCGAGCAGUUUCCCAUGCGUCGCUAUAUAGUUGAUGGAGAAUUGGAGAUACCAUCGCCUGCGUACAUCAAACCAGGAGUUAAACUGACUUUCAAUCGCAAGCCCUUUACACUGGACCAACUGCCUCAAGACCUCCCAUUCAACGAGAGUCAGGGAAGAGCUUAUAAGGAGGCUCUUAGCAGGGAGUUCAGCAUUAUACAAGGUCCUCCAGGAACAGGCAAAACCCACAUAUCAGUCGAAUUGGUCAACAGUUUGAUACAGAAUGCCAAAGUUCUGGGCACAGGACCCAUCAUUGUGCUGACCUACACCAAUGACUCGCUGGACAAAUUUCUGGUGAAAGUUUCGCAGUACACCCAGGAGAUCCUUCGCUUUGGCUGCCAGACGCGAAACCCCCAGAUAGCCAAGUUCAAUGUGCGCACCAUGAUCAAUCCGGAUCUGGUGCCACCGCGCUUGAAGCGAAUCUGGUGGCUGGUCAACUGUGAGUACAAGGAGAAGUUCCAGCACCUGCAGAGUCUGUAUGCGAACUUUGAUGGCAGCGAGGAGAGCUACCAGCGGACACUGGUGGCCCAGGAGCAGCUGCAUCAGGUGGCCGACCGGAUCGACACACUGCGAAUGGUUUUCCAGUUUUUUUUGGCCAGGGACAAGGAUCUGCUGGCCAUGACCACCACAUGCGCGGCUCGUCUCAACUUUCUGUUCCGCCUGCUGCAAUCGAAGUGUGUCGUCUUCGAGGAGGCGGCCGAGAUUCAGGAGGCACACAUCCUGGCCUGCCUAACGCCGCACACGGAGCACGUCAUCCUCGUCGGCGACCACAAGCAGCUGCAACCCUUCACCGGCAGCAGCAAGGUGCCGCAGAUCUCCCUCUUCGAACGUUUAAUCCUGGCCGGUUUGCCCUACUCCCUGCUCAACCUACAAUACCGCAUGCGACCCUGCAUUUCGGAGCUCCUUGUGCCCAGCAUCUACGACGAGCUGCUCUGCUCGAAGUCUGUCGAGGAAUACGAAGACGUUCGCCUCAUGGAUAAGAACUUGUACCUUGUGCAGCACAACCAACCGGAGCAGCGCUCCUCCGACAUGUCCUUCGAGAAUCCCUACGAGGCUGGCAUGUUGGCCAAACUAACCGAGUUCCUUAUCGAAGAGGCCAAGUACAAGCACAGUGAUAUUGUGAUACUCUCACCUUACAAUGCACAAAUAGAUUGCAUUAAGAAAGCGCUUCACCGAAAGUAUCGUUCGAGCGUCCAGGUGGCCAGUGUGGAUAGUUUCCAGGGGCUGGAGGCCAAUAUUGUGCUGCUGUCAUUAGUUCGCAGCAACUCCGCCGGCCAAAUUGGCUUCCUGCGUCUUCCCAAUCGGGUUUGUGUGGCGCUUUCUCGCGCCCGCUGGGCCCUCUACAUCAUUGGGAAUCUGGAGAUGCUAGAGAAGUCCUACCCGAAUCUUUGGAGCCCCAUUGCCAAGCGUUUGGAGGAGAGCCACGCCAUUGGAGAGACUUUUCCCACAAUAAACAGUGCCUGAUAGGGAAAUAAUAACAAUUUAAGCAUGUACAUUUGA